AUGCCUGGUAAUUUUCCUGGAGGAAUGCCUGGAAUGGGAAGGGGAAUGCCUGGAAUGGUGGGAAUGCCUGGGCUCAAUGAAAUUCUUAGUGAUCCAGAGGUCCUUGCAGCCAUGCAGGAUCCAGAAGUUAUGGUGGCCUUCCAGGAUGUGGCCCAGAACGUGGCAAAUAUGUCAAAAUAUCAGAGCAACCCAAGGGUUGUGAAAAUUGUCAGCCAAAUUUGGAGGUCAAGCAUAA